UUCUCAUCUAGUUGCACCACUCUUCCCCACCGAGUUCUAACUUUCCGAACACCUCCUAGGGUUUUAGGCCCCCGAUUCCCAUUUUGAAAACCCCUUACCCUUAUUCUCGUUUCUUCUCCCAAAAGGUGCCAGCGUUUGAGUUGUAGGCAAGACACAAUGUCCAGGGUGUACGUUGGGAAUGUGGAUCCCCGAGCAACGGAGAGGGAGCUCGAGGAUGAAUUUCGCAUUUACGGUGUCCUUCGGAGUGUAUGGGUAGCUAGAAGACCACCAGGUUAUGCAUUUAUUGAGUUUGAUGAUCGCAGGGAUGCACUAGAUGCUGUCCGUGGAUUGGAUGGAAAGAAUGGCUGGCGUGUGGAGCUUUCUCACAAUUCUAGUGGAGGCCGUGGUGGCCGUAGCCGCGGUGGAGGUGAUGAUUCAAAGUGUUAUGAAUGUGGUGAACCUGGUCAUUUUGCUCGUGAAUGCCGUUUGCGCGUGGGCCCAAGAGGAUUGGGAAGUGGACGCCGCCGAAGUCCUAGUCCUCGACGACGUAGGAGCCCAAGUUAUGGGCGGAGGAGCUAUAGUCCUCUUGGCAAGCGAUCCCCGCCACGUCGCAACCUUUCUCCUCGUCGUGGUAGGAGUUACAGCAGGUCACCUCCUUAUCGCCGUGGUCAUCGAGAUUCACCAAAUGGCAAUGGUUCACCAGCAUAUCGCCGUGGCCGUCGUGAAUCACCCUAUGCAAAUGGAGAUUGAAGAUUUGAGUAGUGAAGAUGAGGAAAUGCUCAAGGAUCUUUGAUGUUCUGUAGUCUGUCUGAUAGGCUUGAUGGAAGAGUAACUUUGUUGUAGUUAUUUCUCGUGACGUUUCAGUUUAUUGUGGACCCGGACCUGGACCUGGGGUGCCCCUCCAUUUCCCCAUCGGCCUGCUCUGUUUGGCUUGCUAAAACUUGGAGGUCUCUUUCGUACUUUAAACUACUAAACUAUAUCUGUCUUUGACUUAUGUGAUUAAUGCUCAACAUUAUUACUAUGAUUGGAUGUAACAUGCUAUCUUUUCUAUUUUUGAGGUAUGAUUACGUGCUUUCACCAAAAACCACCGGCUGUUAAGUCGACAUCGUUAAUGACCACUCUGCUUGUCCGCAUCAUCUCGUCAACUGUUUAUCCUCACUCUGCUUAUCUGCAUCACCUUGCAACUGUUUAUCGACAUUGUUUACAACCACCCUUGAAAAUGAGUUUGAUACACUUGAAAAUUGUGAAGCUAAGGCCCCCCUGUCGCCACAAAACUUCUCUGGGUGUUAAGACUCAACUUCUCUGCCUUCUCGGUGGAUGAAGAGUGGUAGAGAGCUUAGUACCCAUUAUUCUGCACGUGCCAAAUGUUUGCUCUUUCCAAUACUACAACGACAACAUUAUAUUGGCUUCAUUACUUGACACUUUUGGUUACUUUGAGCAGGAACUUCUGCAGUCUCAUCCAGUUAGUAUGGUAUUUUGCAUCUCUAGCUGUUCUUUUUUUGUGCUCCGACAUCCUAAGCAUAUUUGUAGUUUUACUGGUUUAUAAUCUUGUUUGAGUAUGUAAUUGCCUAUUCUAGUUGUAAUAGGAAUUUUGGCGGUGGAAGCCUCUUGCAAUUCCUUUGUUAAAAAGUUCGAGGUCAUUUGUGUCAA